ACGUCUCUCUUGGUUUGGGCUCGGUUUUAGGUUCGGAUUGUAGACUUGUGCGGAUAAGAACGACUCGCUCCCCAUUUUCUCUCUCUUCACAGCCUCCAUCGCUACAAGAACCCUUCCCUCCUCACCGCCUCCAUUUCUAAAGCCCCCCCCUCUCUCUCUCUCCCCACCCAAUACUCUCUCUCUCUCUCUCUCUCUCUCUCUAAAGAAAACCAAAGCAAUAUCAAACUCUGUUUGUUCAAACUGGCGAUUGAAAAUCAAGAAACCACCGUCCGAGAAAUCAAGCCUAAGAACAGGCGAAUCAUGGGAGCUGGUGGCCCUGAGGACGAGGACAACAGGUGGCCGCCGUGGCUGAAGCCUCUUCUGCGAGAGAGCUUCUUCGUCCAAUGCAAGCUUCACGCAGAUUCCCACAAGAGCGAAUGCAAUAUGUAUUGCUUGGACUGCUGUAAUGGUCCUCUCUGUUCUCUCUGUCUCAACUACCACAAGGACCACCGGGCCAUUCAGAUAAGGAGGUCAUCGUACCACGAUGUGAUUAGGGUUGCAGAGAUUCAGAAGUAUUUGGACAUCACAUCAGUUCAGACCUAUGUUAUCAACAGUGCAAAGGUGGUCUUCCUCAAUGAACGGCCACAGCCGAGGCCGGGCAAAGGUGUCACCAACACCUGCGAAGUCUGCGAGCGCAGCCUCCUUGACUCCUUCCGUUUCUGCUCGCUCGGUUGCAAGAUUGUUGGGACGUCGAAUGAUUUCGAUAGGAAGAGGAAGUACUCGCCGGAGAAGAAACGUCCGGCCGUAAUGGCAGCCUCGGAGUCAGAGGAUUCAUACAGCAGCAGCAGCCAUGGACGGAAAAGGAGCAGCAGCAACAGCAGCAGCAAAUUCCAAAGCUUCACUCCGUCAACGCCGCCCCCAACUUCUGUUAAUUACAGAACAGCCAAGCGAAGAAAGGGAAUUCCCCACAGGGCCCCAAUGGGAGGACUCAUCAUAGAAUAUUAAAAAAGCCCCCCAGUUUCUGCUUAAUUGCUCUCAAACCACCCCUGAUAUACAUACCAGUUAUAGCUUCCAGUUGCCAACGCUAAGUGCUUUUACCAGAAAGGCCUGUGUUGGGUAAAACCCUACUAGCGCACUAGUUAUCUAUCUAUCUAUCUACCUAUAUCCAUGUAUUGUAUAUAGAAGCAGCUAAGCUAGAAUGUGGUGAGAAAUACAAGGGCAAGAGUGGAAUCAGACAAUGUGGAAGGGCUGAAUGAUGAAAGAAGAAAAGCUUGGAGUAGGAAGAAAAAAAAAACUUAUUAGGUGGAAAAUAUUUAUAGGAGCUUGGUAGGGUGGAUGAAUGGGUAUACAUAAGUUUUGUUACUUUGAUAUGGGUCUGGGUUAAAAUUGUAAAUACAGUUUUGUGAUAGUGGUUACUGGUUAGUUUGAUACAUGAUAAUGUAACUCCUUGCAAAUAGGAGUGUGUCCAUAUGGUAUUUUGGAAUAAUAUGAGUUUUUAUUUUUGUA